AUGGCGGCGGUGGACGACUACUUGAACGAUCUCAACCGCGCGGCGAGCGAGGAGGAAGAGAGCGAGGAGGAGGAGGAGGACGAGGAGAAGGUCGAGGUCGACGCGCGAGGGCCGAGGCGCGCGUCGAACGCGGACGCGUCGUCGUCGUCGUCGUCGUCGUCGUCGGCCGAGACCGACGACGACGACGACGACGACGCCACCGACGACGACGACGACGACGACGCCCCGACGUCCGUCGACAACGCGUGGGCGUGGAGCACCGGCGGCGUCGGCCAGACCGCCGUCCCCCGCGCGUCCGCCGCCGCGGCGAAGAAGAAGACCAUCCUCCUUCCGGGGGAGAAACGAUCGCUCAAGAAGCGCCACGUCGCGGAGACGCGCGCCGCGCGGUCCGCGAAGAAGAACGGGUUCACCCCCGAGGACGUCCGCGUCGCGCUCGAGAGGAUGCUCGCGAGCGGCGCGAGGGAGUGGCGGCCGCCCGUUAACGGCGGGACGUGCGGCGCGAGGGAGGCGAGAGCGAUCGACGCGUUGGCGCGGUGUUACCCGGGGUUGUCGACGGAGAUCGCCACCACCGCGGCGAGCGGGAGGAAGAAGCGCGCGUCCGUGGUCGUGCGCAAUCGCAACGUGAACGGCGGGGAGGAGGACGGAGAGGAGGACGGGGAGCGCGCGCGCGGCGGCGGCGGCGGCGGCGGCGGCGGCGGCGGCGAGAUCGAAGACGCCGCGGACGACGAUGAGGAAGCGGAAGAGCCGGCGCCGCGCGCGGGCCCGGCGAUCCCUCCGGACGCGUCGGCGAGGGCGGCGGCGUUGGCGGCGCCGCCGCCGACGCGCGACGCGUUCCUCUCCGACCCCGCGCGGCUCGCGAAGGUGGACAAAGCGCUCGGACGCGGACGCGGCGGGCGCGGCGGGAGGCAUCACGACGGCCGCGCGCGGGCGCCGCCGCCGGGGACGACUGGGAAGCGCGGCGAGGGCAAAUACAACGCGCCGGCGUCGGCGCGGCGGGGUCGGACGACGACGACGACGAGGACGACGCCGCCGGCGGAGAUCGACUUCACCCGCGCCGGCGUCCUCGACGACGACGACGACGUCGAGGGGGUCGAUGCCACGACGUCGGCGGUUCGAUCCCCGGCGGCGGCCACGCGUCUCAAAGGCGGGAUGGCGUCGAUGAGGACUUUGCUCGGCGCAUCUCUCCGCCCACCCUUCGCUUUCAAUACCCGCCCUUGGCGCCUUUCAACUCCAACUGUUGCCUUUCAACUCCAAAGGGGCGACGCGUCGGAGGACCCGGACCCGGCGGCGUUCGGGGCGUUCGAGAAGCACACGACGGGCUACGGCGGGCGGAUGAUGGCGAAGAUGGGAUUCACGCCGGGCGGGGGGUUGGGAAAGAACGGCGACGGCGUGCGGACGCCGGUGGCGGCGACGGCGCGCGCGAAGAACCUCGGCCUGGGCGCGGAGGGCGCGGAGCGGUAG